GUUGUGAAACAACAGCUGACAAGGAGAAUCAUUUCAAUCAUUCGUUCAUCUCUUCUCGCUUCGAACCCUUCGUUUUUGUACUUUUUGUUACUAGGCAGCAUCCUUUGGGCCUUUUCGCCAAAUUCGGCCCGAACGUCGGUCCGAAGGUGAGCAAGGUCGUGUCGGACGACUGAGGUGCGAGAAGAGGGACGAUGGUGUUGGUGGCCCCUUGCACUUAGGGCUGCGACGCAAUAGAGUUAGAAAUGACGACUACCCUGGAGCGCAGCUACCAGCCCCUGCAGACCUACGAGGUCGAGGGGCCCGACGAGACCCCGCACGAGAUCCACGUCGUGCCCGAAGGCAGCAAAAGCCGAUGGAAUCACGUCGAAGACCUGGACUCGUUCUUCACGCGCAUGUAUCAAUACCACCAGAAGAACGGCUUCCUCUGCAUCACCCUGAAGGAAGCCUUCGCCCUCUUCCAGUUCGUCUUUGUCGUUAUCCUCACCACCUACCUCAUGCACUGCGUAGACUACCCUGUCCUUUUCAGGGACAAGGCACUAAAUAAAACAAAAGUGUCACUCUCCGAUGCCCUUCUGCCGAUGGACGAGUGCACUGACCAGAUCUCUGUCCUCUCCUGGUUGUGCCUGUGGGUGGCCUUCAUCUUCUGGUGCCUGCGUUUCAUCCGAGGUCUGCUGCACCUUGGCCAGUUUUGGGAAAUCAAGCACUUCUUUGAGUCAGCCCUCAAAGUCACCGACAAAGAUUUGGAGAACUUGACCUGGCACGAGGUGCAACAAAAAGUGAGGGAUGUGCAGAAGGAGCAGCAAAUGUGUAUUCACAAGCAGGACUUGUCUGAACUUGACAUUUAUCACAGAAUACUUAGGUUUAAAAACUACAUGAUAGCCAUGGUGAACAAAUCUCUACUUCCAGUCAAACUCAAAGUGCCAUUUGUAGGAGAGGUUAUUUUCAUGUCUCAGGGCCUUAAGUACAACCUGGAGUUGCUCCUCUUUUCUGGGCCAUGGGCGCCAUUUGAGAACAAUUGGCACCUGAAGGAGGACUACAAAAAACAGGGCAAGCGGAAAGAGUUGGCCGAAAACCUGUCCCGCUGCAUUCUGUGGGUCGGGGUCUUUAACUUCUGCCUCAGCCCUGUGAUUCUCUUCUGGCAGAUUCUCUACUCCUUCUUCAACUACGCCGAACUUAUCAAACGUGACCCUGGCACUCUGGGUUCCCGGUGCUGGUCCCUGUACGGCCGUCUCUACCUUCGACACUUCAACGAACUAGACCACGAAUUGCACGCCAGGCUCACCAGGGCCUACAGACCGGCAGCCAAGUACAUGGACAGUUUCGUCUCUCCUUUGCUCACCAUUAUCGCCGAAAAUAUCGGCUUUGUGGCAGGAUCGAUUGUAGCAGUUUUUGUUGUCUUGACUGUAUAUGAUGAGGAUGUCAUCACCAUUGAACAUGUCCUGACCAUCGUCUCUGUCUGUGGAGUGGUUUAUGCUAUCUGCAGAGCCUCGAUCCCUGACCAAAACAUGGUGUGGUGCCCUGAAAAACUUAUGACAACUGUGCUGGCUCAUGUGCACUACCUCCCUGACACCUGGAGAGGCCAGGCUCACACAAACAUUGUUCGUCAAGAAUUUGCCCAACUUUUCCAACUUCGAGCGGUGAAUUUGCUGGAAGAAUUGUUGUCUCCAAUCAUCACACCCUACGUUCUCUGCUUCCACUUGCGUCACAAAGCCCUGGACAUUGUUGAUUUUUACCGAAACUUCACCGUCGAGGUCGUAGGAGUGGGCGACGUCUGUUCCUUCGCACAAAUGGACGUUCGCAAACAUGGAAACGCCACAUGGCAGACAUCGGUUCAUUCUGGAGACGGAGGACCUCCCACUGAUGCAAAUCAAUACACUCAGGCGGAAGACGGAAAGACAGAGCUCUCGUUAGUGCACUUCACUUUGACCAAUCCUGAGUGGCAACCACCCACGGAUGCCGAGACCUUUGUGCUGGCACUCAGGCAGCAUGCCAUCAAGGACGCCGCUGCGGGGACAGCAGGCGGACAAAUGCACAACCCACUCCUUGCCUCCAUAAACUCUGUGUCAUCUUUGGGCACUGGGUACUCGAGUGUUCUUUCGAGCGUCCUUCAUCAACCUUCUCUCAUGAUGAGGUCGGAAAUCAUGGGAGGCCCAUUGACACCGAUGGAAAGACCCCCUCAAUUCAUCCGAGGGGGCAUCAACAGGUCCGAGGGUCCCCUAAAUGGCUCGGAGCGAGGUCUCCUGUAUAGCCUAACUCAGUGUGGCCCCACCCUUGGCAAUUCCAUGUUCGGACCUGAGACUCCAAUGAUGCCUGAAGAACCUCCACCUGAGUUGGCUGCUGCCGAUAUGAGCCUAAGCACCCUUUACAUGCACGAGCUGCACCAAAGACAGAUGAGGAGGAGAGUUGGUGGCUUUUUGGAGACAAGCAACCGGUCGUUGUGGCAGAGGCCCCACCAAGAUAUGCCUGGCAUCUCGGAGAUCCCCGACGAGCAGCGUUCAGCCGAGCGGACACCCCUUUUGCGUCCUCGCACUAACCCCUUCACAGAGGACUCUUGAGACAAUUAACAUUUUUUACAAUUUUUCUCUUUGUGAUUUGCCUCAAAUUGAGAGCAGGAAUUGAAACAAAUCGAUGCUUGUUCAUGCUGUCUAGUCAGGUGUGGGAUUCAAGCAGAGAGAGAUAAUGAUUAUUAUUCAUCCACCUGUGUUAAUUAUAUUUAUUUUUGUAAAAACGUUUAUUUACUCACUACUUAAGAUGUAAUUAUAAAUCGCGCGCUCUGACCUUUCUUGCACAAAAAAAGUUUAGUAAGAACUCUGACGCAGCAGACGAAUCGAAGCGGCUUUUUAUAUCAAUGUUCUUUCUUCUGCGAUUUGUAUUGGGCCAAUACACUAGUUAUGUGAGAAAACUAAUCGAAAUGUGGUUCAUGUCGUGAAUGUUUAUUAAAAGGAUAAAUGCUCCUUUUGAAUAAUAAAAUUCUUUUCUUUUUUUU